CUUUUGUUAACAUCCAGCGGUACUGCGCCCACAUACUUCCGUUACCCAGCGUAAGGACUCGUCACCCAUUUUGCUGGUUUUUGCACGACCCAAUUCCCCACCUGCUCUCAUACGUCAACAAACCCAUCACUUAUUCCAUCACCUAUUUCAUCACCUAUUUCAUCACUUAUUUCACCAAUUUCAUCACCCGUGUUUUCCAAUUCACUCACACAGGAUGCUUCACGCGAUCCGCUCCUUUUUUUCGCUCCAAACGUUGGACACGCGGCUCCAGGCCCCUACGGACGCUAAACACCGUCAGAACAUUGUGCAAAAGGCAACACGUUCGCGCUGGGCAACCGCCGAGUUUCGUGUCUACCUUGUUGUUUUUGCGGUUGUUGUUCCGUACAUGUACCUCACCGCAAUGUCGGCUUCCAACGAGACAAACCCGAACUACCCGCGCUUUGCGCAUUUGCUCAAGGAUGGUUGGAUGUUUGGGCGCAAGGUCGAUAACUCUGACCCCCAGUACCGCUUCUUCAGAGACAACUUCCCCAUGCUUGGGGGUUUGUUAGUCAUGCACAUUGGUGUGAGGAGACUCUUCAGUGCUGUGGGCUUUACCAACCGUCUCUACUUUGAUUCCACAUUUGGGUUGCUCUUUCUCGUGGCGGCACACGGGUGCAACGCGGUGCGCGUGCUCCUACACUUUGCUGUCUUCUACCUAAUCGGACGCACUCCGAACAAGAAGGCUUCCACGGUUCUUUUGUGGGUCUGGGGGGUUGCGACGCUCUUCAUCAACGACAACUUCCGCGCUUAUCCGUUUGGAAACAUCGUUCCGGCGUUGGCCUUCCUCGACACCGGCUUCAAGGGCAUCAUCGAGCGCUGGGACGUGUUCUACAACUUCACCCUCCUUCGCUUGUUGAGCUUCAACUUCGAUUACCUCGAGCGCAAGCACUACUUCUCCAACCCAAAGUCCAACGGUGAAUCUUCGAUUGGCCUCAGUCUCAAGGCUGCAGACAAGAAGAAGAACGACGACCUCACCAGAGCGCCGCUAGACGACAGGCAGAGGCUUGUGGCGCCGCUCUACCUUCAGGAUUACGGCAUCGUCAACUACCUUGCUUACCUUCUCUACACGCCGCUCUACAUCGCAGGACCAAUCAUCACCUUCAACGAUUACGUCUAUCAGUCGCGCAACAUGCUUCCAACAAUCAACGCCAAGCGGAUCGCGGUCUAUGCGGCGCGUUUUGCCUUCUGUCUCUUGGUGAUGGAAUUCCUCCUCCAUUACAUGUACGUAGUGGCCGUCUCCAAGACCAAGGCCUGGGAUGGUGACACGCCGUUCCAAAUCUCUAUGCUUGGGCUCUUCAACUUGAACAUCAUUUGGCUCAAGCUCUUGAUCCCGUGGCGUCUCUUCCGCCUCUGGGCCAUGGCCGAUGGCAUCGAUCCCCCGGAAAACAUGAUCCGCUGCAUGGAUAACAACUACAGCGCGCUAGCCUUCUGGCGUGCUUGGCACCGCUCCUUUAACCGCUGGGUCAUCCGCUACAUCUACGUGCCGCUUGGUGGGUCCGGUAACCGUAUUUUGACCUCUCUAACCGUGUUCUCCUUCGUUGCUAUCUGGCACGACAUCGAGUUGAAGAUGUUGCUCUGGGGCUGGCUUGUGGUGUUGUUCAUCCUCCCGGAGUUGUUUGCCACGAUCUACUUCAAGCCGUAUGCUAACAGGUGGUGGUUCAGACAUGUGUGUGCGGUUGGCGCCGUCAUCAACAUCUGGAUGAUGAUGAUGGCGAACUUGUUUGGCUUCUGUCUUGGCAAGGACGGCAUGGUGAAGUUGUUACAGGAAAUGUUCCAGACGUUCGACGGGCUUGUGUUCUUUGCUGUAAGCUCUGCGUGUCUCUUUGUUGGCGCUCAGGUGAUGUUUGAGUUGAGAGAAUCAGAAAAGAGAAAGGGGAUUGAUGUUAGGUGUUAGGUGAGAGGGGCGAGGCCACUCAAAUUUUUUUGGUCACAAUUGACAUCAGUGUAGUUGAGAUGAAUAUAGAGUGCUAUUUGUUUACGUAAGUGAGGCCUGGCGGACUGUUUAUGCCUUGUUUUUAUCCACUAACGCAGAAGCUAGCAUAGCGGUCUAAGACCCUGGACAUUUCAGUUAAGGCGCUGAUAAAUCGGUGGGUGAAAGUUGUAGCUUGG